AUGGGAAUGGAUUAUACAUCUUCAACAUUCAUAGGAAUUGAUAUAGAUUCUACUCAAUUUCCUUCUGAUAAUAUGCAUCCUUCAAAUGUCGCCUUUCUUACGUGCAAUUUAACUCAUGGAAUUCCAUUCCCUCCUGAAACUUUUGAUUUUGUUCAUAUGAGUAUGAUGUGCUGUGCUCUUACGGAAUCUCAAUGGUUUCAGUUAAUCAAAGAAAUGGUUAGAGUCUUAAAACCUGGUGGUUGGAUUGAGUUAUUAGAAGGUGAUCCUUGGUUUAAAAAUUAUGGCAAAAUUGGAAAAUUGCUGACUGAAACUUGCAUUAACGUUAACAUUCAUAAAAUGAUACCAAAAUUCAUCAAUUCAAUAGAAGAACUUAUAGAUUUACAAUAUAUUGACGCGGAAUAUCCAUUAGGCGAUUGGGGUGGAUGUCUUGGAAAAUUUGUAAGUUUAUCUAAUAAAGAAUAUGAUGGCUUAUUAUGUGAUUAUGUUAAAGAAGCAAAUGAAAAUAGAUCAACCGGACUUUAUCAUAGAUAUUUUGCUAGAAAAAUUCGUAUUAAUAAUUCCUAUUAA